AUGUCGCAAUUGAACGAAGAUCAGAAAAGAGUUUUCGAUAAAGUAUGCCAAGUUUUACAGAAUCAAAAUCAGAUUCUGCGACUGUAUGUAAGUGGCGAGGGUGGUACAGGGAAAAGUUUUCUUAUUGACACAAUUAAACAUUGGAUUUCCUUAAAUUUGGAAAAAGUGACUGCCAUAUCAGCUCCCACGGGUAUCGCGGCAUGCAAUAUCAAUGGCUUGACGAUUCAUAGAAUGUUUCAGCUACCAGUCACCCAUGAAUCUACGGCAAAAUAUACGCACUUGUCAGAUAUGGUCUUGAAAACUUUGAGAGAGAAAUUGAAGAAUGUAGAAUUAUUUAUAAUCGAUGAGGUAUCUAUGAUUUCGAAUGUGACACUUAUGUUUAUCAAUCUACGAUUAUGUGAAAUCUUCGAUACGACAGAUGUAGAUGAUGGUUUCUUUGGCAGAAAACACAUUAUUCUGUUUGGAGACUUGUUGCAGCUUCCUCCUGUAAAAGAACAGUUUCCAUUCGUUAAAAUGUCUCGAUCGGAGGUUCAGAAGUAUUUAGGUACCAUGGGUGGAUCUGAUUUGUGGAGAUUGUUGGAUUAUGACGAACUCUUGCUUAAUAUGCGACAAAGAUGUGACAACGCAUAUCGCGAGAUACUUUCCAGAGUACGAAUAGGCUUGGUAACGGAUUCUGACAUUAAUGUUCUUCAGUCGAGAAAAAUCAAUUUCAAAGGGAGUAGUUGCGACGAAAGAUUGAAUGAACUUUGCGCUUAUAUGAAUCAAUUACCGAUUGAUACGAUAUGUUUAUUACCUACAUGUUAUUUGUGCAAGAUAUUUAACACGGCAAUGCUCGAUAAAAUUGACGGCGAUGAAAUUCUAUUGAUAGCGGACGAUGAUGUCGACUGUGCUCCAGCAAUGAGAAAAAAAGUACAAAAAAUUUUGGAAGAGAAAGAUGAUAAAGUUUCGGAGACAGCUGGCAUUGAAAGGGUAAUAGCGAUUAAAAUUGGCGCUAAAGUGAUGAUUCGACGAAACAUUGAUGUAACUUUGGGACUUGUCAAUGGAACGAUAGGCAAUGUAGUUGCGGUUAAUCGCUCUGUUGACGGAAAUCGUAUUGAUUCCAUUAAAAUAGUUACUUCUGAUAAUAAAGAGGUUACAAUAACGAAAGUAGAUAUUAAAUUCGAAGUAUUCCACAAAGUGAUGGUACAUCGAAAACAAUUUCCAUUAUCUCUCAGUUAUGGAAUAACUAUACACAAAAGUCAAGGAAUUACGUGUAAAAAUGCAAUGAUGGAUCUAUGAACGAGUGUGUUCAGUGAUGGUCAGGCUUAUGUGGAUCUGUCACGAGUGAGUACACUGGAUGGCCUACAUUUGAUAAAUUUUAAUCCAGCAUCCAUUAAAGCAAACUCGGGCGCCAUUGCAGAAUAUAAUCGACUGAGAUCUGUGUUCAAAUCUCAGCUACCACAAAUCAGUUCGUCCGAAAAAAAGGCUGUGAAAAUUCACGAUUGUCGAUGGGCCAUACCUAAUAUCAUUGAUGAUGUACAGAAUUAUGGUUGCGAGGAAUCAGAAAGUAUCGUUACAUGGAAAAUAUACGGCCUCUGCAAUGACGAUCGUGUCUCGUGUUAUGCUAAUGUAAUAUUGCAAUGUGCGUUUCAUUGUGUACGUAUCAGGCAACAAAUACUGAAAAAUAAAGUAUCAAAUCCAUUGACUAUGCCGUCUGCGCAUAUGCUGAGUGUAGGCGUUGCAACAUUCUAG